AUGCCUUUCAACCCGCUGGGUCUACCACUAGAGUGGUGCUCUCGAGAGUACCGAGCAGAGCAUCAACAAGACCUCAAAGGGAAAAAAUAUGGAGGCCCAGUAUCAAAAGAUCGGCCGCUGUGGUCUCCUCCAGCGCCAGAAAAAGUCCCCAUGUCACUAUAUCGCCAUCAUAUCAACAGGAAAUUCUCCCAGAAUCUCAAAGACUCUCACGACUUGCAUAAGUGGUCAGUUCAAAACCGCCACGAGUUUUGGAUUGACCUGUACGAAUACGCCGGCAUCAUCCCUCCUCUUCCACCAGGCACCAAGCAAGCCUACGAUCCCAAACUGAAGCUCAGAGAUAUUCCCAAGUUCUUUCCAGGACACAAGUUGAAUUAUGCCGAGAAUGUGCUGGUCCCCAACACCUCAACCAACCCCAAUGGUGUUGCACUUGUCGGUGUGCGCGAAAACGCCCUUGACAGCCCCGAGGAAAUUACCUGGAGCCAGCUGACUGAGCUAGUCCGGAUCGCCAGGUCUGCAUUGAUCCAUCAAGGUAUCAAACAGAACGACGUCGUCGCUGCCCUCAUGGCAAAUUCAAUCUGGAUCAUCGUUCUCUUCCUCGCCUCCUCUUCCAUAGGCGCAAUCUUCACCUCGGUGUCUCCUGAUAUGGGUGCAGCCGGCUGCGUCAGUCGAUUUUCUCAAGUCAAUCCCAAAUUACUCUUCACCGACACCGAUCUGGCCAUUCGGGGAAUCAGGCCUAGCAUGAUUGGCAAAGUUCUUCAGAUUCUGAAGGCUCUCCCCAAGAACAACAAACCUCCUCGUGUUGUUUUUGUCCCGACAUGUCACCGGCCUCACCUGGUCCAGAACCUCGAAUAUAUCAAACCACUAGGCGAGAGUCUACAUACUUUUCUGUCCGUGUCCAAACCGUCAGAUCAGUUAUCUUAUACUCGUCUACCUACUGACCAUCCAUUGGUUAUUGUCUAUUCUUCUGGCACCACCGGCGAACCUAAAUGCAUUGUUUCUCCACACAUUAGUAUUCUCAAUUAUAAGAAGAUUUCUUCCCUCCACAACAGUCUCGGUCCACAAUCGACGGUUUUCCAAUAUUCAUCCACCUCAUGGAUUCUCUGGAAUGUCAUGAACGGCCACUUGUCCGUCGGUGCCAAAGUCAUCUGCUACGACGGUGGUGCCCUCUACCCUGGUCCGGCCACUAUGCUCCGUAUCUGUGAUCAAUUCAAGGCCACUUAUUGGGGAACCAGCCCCCGAUAUCUACUUGAAUUGGAGCAAUCGGGUAUCAAACCAUCCGACUUUGACUUGUCCAAUCUGACCCUUGUCACCACAACCGGCGCGACCUUGACGGGGGAACAAUUCAUCUGGUUCUACACUGCAUUCCCCAAACAAAUCCACCUGUCCUCCGUCGCAGGAGGCACUGACAUUGCCAGCUCUUGGGUGGCCACCAAUCCAGCAGGACCAGUUUAUGCCAAUGAAAUGCAAAUGUGGGCUCUUGGACAUGAUUGCGAUAUCCUCGAUACCAACUCAACACAAGGGGAGUCAAUUGCAAUGACUGGUCAACCCGGUGAACUCAUCUGCCGCAACACUUUUCCUAGCAUGCCAUGUCGAUUUUGGGGCGAUGACAACCACAAGAAAUACCGAGCUGCUUACUUUGAGAAAUUCGAAACGGUCGACCCCACCACGGGUCAACCUGAUUUUCUCGACGUCUGGGCUCAACAUGACUUUAUCCUCAUGAACCCACGUACAAGAGGCGUCCAGAUCUUGGGUCGAUCGGAUGGCGUCCUCAAUCCAAGCGGCAUUCGCUUCGGCAGCUCCGAGAUAUACAAUAUUGUAGAAGGUCCAGGGUUUAACAACAUUAUCGCUGACACAUUGUGUGUCGGCAGACGUCGACCGUCAGACAAAGAUGAGACUGUAUUCUUGUUCGUCAUCAUGGCACCAGGACAUGAAAAUGAGUUCAACAAUGAGCUCGUGGAAAGGAUCAGGUCCGCCAUCCGAGACGGAUUGUCCCCUAGACAUGUUCCCAAGUUCAUCUUCCAAAUCAAGGAAAUCCCAUAUACGGUCAAUGGGAAAAAGGUUGAACUUGCCAUCAAGAAGAUUAUUAGUGGUGAAAAGGUCAAGGCUUCCUCUACGGUGAGGAAUCCUCAAUGUUUAGCCGAUUUCGAAAAGUAUGUGACGGUGGAGAGGGAGCCUCGGUCGAGUAGACUAUAG